CACUACCCGUGUUUCACUUUUCACCUGUCACGUGAUACUUCGCUGCGGGAGCAGACGAGAGUCAUGGCUACAGGAGAGAGAGAGAGUACGUUGGAGCAAGGAUUCAAGGAGGCGUGCGCCACGGUGUGGGAGGAGCGCUUCAGUACCCAGUACGACGCUGUCCGGAUGCAGCUGUACGGGCUGUACAAGGUCGCCAAGGAGGGGAAGUGUCAGGAGCCCAAGCCCAAGCCCGAUACGGUACUGGGGGGCGAAAAGAACAGAUCGAAGUGGAUGGCCUGGAUGGAGGCCAGCACCUUCUCGAAGGAGGAGGCGAUGGCUCGCUACGUCUCGGUGGCGUUGUCGGUCGUCAAGAGCAGAGGCGACGCCGCGGAAGGGUUUUCCACUGGAUGCGUUGCAGGGGUUUCCGGUGGCGGCGAUGGAGGCGUCAGCGUGGGGGCGUCGGGGGCAAGUGGCGUAGGGGGAGGGGGCGGCGCGGCGGCGGCGGGAACAGACGGGAGGAAGACGUCGGCCGGUAGGGGGGGAGAGGCUGUCGAUGCACAAGAGGUGGCGAGACUCAGGGAGCACACGGAGUCACUGGAACGAUAUGUCGAGAUGAUCCGCCACGAGCUGACGGACCUGGAUGACGUCGACGUGAGCAUGUCGGGAUGGCUCUUCAAGUGGAGGGACCAAGACGCGUACCUGUGGGGAUCCGUCAAGUGGGUGCCCCGGUUCUUCACACUUUCCGACGGCAAGCUUAGCACGUACAAGUCGGACCAGAGCGCCGAGGCUGAGUCGGUGAUGAGCCUCAAGCGGUGCGUGUUGCGAGACGAGGGCACGAGGAUGGGGAAGGCGCCGGGUCGCGGAAAGCCUCGUCCCCAGUACCACGUGUUCGGCCUCUACCUGGAGGGGGCGAUGCAGAGGGGCCCCGAUGCGGGGGUGCUGCUUCGCCUGAGCACCGACAAGGAGGAUGUGGCGGAAAGGUGGAUCUCCGCCUUGGGGAAGGUCUGCGCCCAGGAGGAAGACCACAGCUCUCCCGCCUCUUCUCCCUGCGCUUCGGAGGCUGACCAAUCAGAGGCCACGCCGUCGUCGUCGGCGUGCUCGUCGCCGGUGGUCACGGAGUCCAUGCCUCCUCCGCCCCCGCCCGCACACGGGUUAGACCCGGCGCCGCGCAUGAGCCGGAUAUCGUCGGUGAGGAUGUCCCGGAAGGGCAGCUGGGAUGUGGCGGGGGGGCUUCAGAACCUGAAGAGGUUGACCCAAGAGGUGAACAUCGGGCGGCUCGACGGAGACGACCCCCUUGAGCGCAGUGCAAGGGUCUCCGACCAAGGGGUAGCGAGCGACGAGCACGACAAGAGGAACACGAUGGUCAAGGCGAAGAGGAAGAAGAAGAAGAAAAAAUUCGAGCCGACGGGAUACCCGGCGAGCCGCCCGAUGCACAGGGAGGCCAAGAUGAGCAUCUUGAGCGCCGGCGCCUCCUCGACCCAGAACUACCGCGGCCUGCUGAACCUCAUGGCCAUCCUUCUUUUGGUGACCAACUCCCGCCUCAUCUUCGCGAACCUUCGGCGGUACGGUGUGUUGGUGACCGCCCCCACGCUCAACGAGCCGAGCGACCUGUUGGACGCCCCUCGCAUCGCCGGCACGCUGUCGCUGAUCCUGCACGUCGUCUGCGCUAACCUGGUCGAGAAGCUCGCCAUGCCCAGGCCGGGCAACAGUAAGGGCAUGCUUUUCGGCGCCGAGUGGCCCGUGCUUCUGCUGCACGGAAUCAACAUCUUCCUCUGCCUGGGCAUUGCGGUGGCCGUCGUCUGGCGGUCUGAGGGCUCCCCCGUCUUCGGCUUCGCCUAUCUCUUCACGGCCGUCAUCUUGUGGAUGAAGCUAAUCUCAUACGCCCACUGCAACCGCGACCUCCGCCUGGCCUGGCAAGAGAAGGCCCUCGCGGCAAAGAGAAAGGGGGCCGAUGGAGGGGGGGAAGGGGGGGGUG